AUGCCGUCUACUCGGCGCACGCUCGCCUGCCCCGCGCUCGUCCUCGUCCUCGCUGCGGGCGCCGAUGGCGACGCGGGCAUCCCCGAGUCCAUGGUUGCGAUCGCAGAGGCGCUGCAGCAGGACAGCAUCGCUCCGCAGUGGACCGACGGCGCGGUGGAGCCGGCUGGUGAGAGCGGCGGCGCGUCCGCCCGGCGGCCGGUGGCGCCUCGCCUGCCGCCGCUCCGCGUGGACGAGCUCGACGAGCUCGCCCGCCUCGGCGAGCCCUCGUACUCGCUGUCGGCCGCCGAGGAGGAGCUUCUCGCCUCGUCGCUCGAGUCCAUCGACUACCUGGGGGACUGGUCGAGCCCCUCCACGCGCGACUCGAUCGUCCUCGCGUGCGAGAAGCCGCGCGUCAUCCCCUCCCCCAGCGGCGGCGCCGCCGAGUUCACCUGCGACCUCGACGGCUUCACGCGCGAGCGGCGGGCGGUGCACUCGCGCAUCCACGUCUUCCUCGUGGUCGGCGUGCCCGGCUCAGGCAAGGACUCUGUCCUCAAGCGCUACCUGCGCUCCCUCGACGGCACGCUGCUCGACGCCUCGGCACCCGCCCCUCGCGCCGCAGCGGCGCGCGCGCGGCUGCAGCGCACGCGCCCGGCGGACUUGGUAAAGGAGUACCUCGCCGCGUGGGGCGAGGACGAGCUCUCGACCGCCGUCCGGGAGAACAACGCGAGGCACGGGCCAGGCGCAGGCAAGCACCUCCUCCACGCGCAGUACUUGCACCGCGAGUCGAUCCUCGUCACGGAGCAGGUUGUGCAGCGCGGCCUAGAGGAGGGCCGCUCCAUCGUCCUCGAGAAGACGCUGCACUGCGACGCGCACGUGCUCGAGCACGCGCGCCGCUUCGCCGAGCGAGGCUGCCGCGUCCACCUCCUCGGCACCUACAUCACGCCCCUCCUCAACUGGCAGUUUCUCUGCAACCGCAUGGCCUCCGGCGCCGCGUUCGGGCGCUACAUCUCGAAGGCGCAGGCGGUCGACUCGCUGCGGCGCUACCACUCGCACUUCGACGCCAUCCUGGCGGAGCGGCACAAGCGCACUGCCUUCGACUCGAUCCACCUGUAUGACGUGGUCAAGGGCUCGUGGGGCAUCAGUAUACCCAACACCACGGUCACGUUUGCCGAGGACGAGGCGGAGGCGGGCGGAGAGGUGACAGCGACGGGUCGGGACAGGGGCUAGUGCGAGCAGCAAUGGUCGAGCCUCCUACAUGUCUCUCUGUGGUUCUCUUAUCGCUGACGACUCUGUUGUGACACUUGUGUGCUGAUGAAGCCGCCGUCUGCCCCGCGGGCCCGAGUGUCUUUGUCUUCUCUGUUGCAUACUUGUGUGUGUUGUGGAUGUGGUAUGGACUAUGGUGUACAACGC